UGCAAGUACCAAAGAAAAUCGAAAUCGAUUCGAUACCUAUAAGAUGGUGCUGUUAUCAGUUUGAUCCUUUCAUGAAAGUAUCGGUUUUUGUAAGAUGAAAACACCGAAGAUAUACUUAAUCCUAUACAUAGAUAAUAAAGCUUUCUCUUUAAAGAAUGACUAUUGUUCAAAUACCUACGAACGAUAUACAAGAUUUGCGUCGUUAAUUUAGGAGACACGAAGAAGCGGCAGUUUUCUUAAAAUAUGUUGUUAAAUGUUGCAAUGCUCCUAUCACGAUGAAACAGUGAUUUUAAUAAGCUAUCUAUGGCAAUAGAUUUGAAAAUUUGAGAAAAGUUCAAUUCCAAAAUUGAAUUCCAACAACUUCGUCUUCGAACCACUGUACUGGUUCCUCCAUGAAAAAAGCCAAUUUUUCAUGACUAGACGGUAGACAGGAAACUGCGACACUCACUAAAUAACACGUACGAUAAUCGGUGAUACGAUAUUGAUAAUGAUAAGCCAUGAUAAAUUUCACGGAUAUGGCUAUUUUGUAUCAAAUCUGAGUCAGAUAUUGAUUUGACGUGAACAUGAUCGUUUCUCUAUAUUUGUUGUUCAUCUUCAGUCGGGAUAGAUUUUUAUAUAUUUUUACUAAAUUGAUUCAGAAUAAAAAAUAUAAAAUAGAUCACUCGAGCACUGAUACCGCGGUUAUCCCCCAGACUAAUUUUGACGAUGAGGAACCUUCAAGUGUUUUACCGGUUGUCAUCAAAUCAUCUGUUGCCAAGGACAAUUUAUACUAUAAUAUGAGCUUUAAACAUCGCCCGCAUUGUGUAAUCUUUAAUCACUCAACAUUUGACCUUGGUCUGGGUGAUGAUCGUAAAGGAACUGAGGUUGAUGUAGCAACUAUAAAAAAGACUUUCACUGGAUUGGGCUUCAACGUUGUAGUUCACGAAGAUUUCAUAUUUACUAAAAUCAACGAUGAGAUAUAUAAUCUUACACAAGAGGAUUAUACGGAUCAUUCUUGCAUCUGUAUCUUUGUAUUGACCCAUGGUGAUGAUAAUGGUAACAUACGUGCGCGGAAUUUAAGUUAUCCUUUGACAUAUAUAUGGAAACCGUUCACCGCUGAUAAGUGUCAAACGUUAGGUGGAAAACCGAAACUCUUCUUUAUACAGGCUUGCAGAGGCACGGAGUAUGACCCCGGUGUUACUGUGUUGCCGUGCAGCCAAACGGAAACGGAUUCCACUAGUACUUCUUACAAACUUCCAGCUCACGCGGACUUUCUAAUCGGUUAUAGCACAGUUGAUGAUCAUGUUUCGUGGCGAAGUUCAACGAAAGGAUCCUGGUAUAUACAAACAUUGUGCGACGUCAUCGACAAACAUCGGACGACGAACGAUCUGGUGAAAAUGUUAACAAUAACAUCGCGUAUAGUCGCAACUUCCCACGUUUCGAGUCACGACAAUCCUUGGAUAAGUAAUAUGGUUCAAAUGCCUUCUUAUACUUCGACGUUGACUAGGGAUAUCUAUUUUAAACCGACAAGUUAAUCAUUUUGAAAAAAUAACAAUUAUGCAUUCAAUGGAUUGAUGGAGGAAAAAGUUGCUUCUUAUUUUGUUAAAAGGAGAUUUUCAUAUUUAUUUUCUUAUUAUUACUCUAUUAGCAUGUUCACUUAUUUACGCUAUGUAAUUUAUUUUAUCUGCUUUAGUAGAUAUAUAAGGUAAUAUUAUUUAACCGAAAGGAAAUAUAUAAUUUUUAUUUAGAAUAA